AUGCGGAACCCAUUCGAGUUGGACUAUGAAAGCAUCGAUGGUGACUCGGAACCCCCACAUGAAUUUGAAAGAGAAGAGCAUGUCCACCAGCACCAAGAACAGAGCCAGCAACAAACGCUCAACCUCAAUUACCGACCAAAGCAAGAAGAUCAUGGAGAUCGUUCAUUGUUGCAACCCACAGAAGAUGACGAGCGUAUGAAGAAUCGUUUUAUUGGCACCAUUGAUCAAGGUACAACGAGUACUCGAUUCAUCAUCUUCGACUGCACAGGUGUUCCGAUCGCCAAAUACCAGACUGAAUUCCGUCAGAUCCAUGAAAAUCCAGGAUGGCACGAACAUGACCCAUAUGAAUUGGUUGAAUCAGUCUAUAUCUGUAUUGAAGAGGCUAUGAAAUCCUUCCUUGCCCUCGGCCACGAAAUAACCGACAUUGAAGCCAUUGGCAUCACCAGUCAACGAGAAACAGCCUUGGUCUGGGACUGGGAAACUGGCGAGCCUCUCCACAACGCAAUCACUUGGACUGAUACUCGUACCGUCAACUUGGUCCGUGAACUCAAACAAAAGCCCGGUGCCGACGAUCUUGUCAACAUUUGCGGCCUACCCCUCUCUACAUACCCCUCAUCCGUCACCCUACGAUGGAUGCUCGACCAUCUUCCUGACGUCAGGUCGGCUUACGAUGACGGUCGGGCUGCAUUUGGAACCGUCGAUAGUUGGCUCAUUUACAACCUCAACGGUGGCCCCCAGAAUAAGCGUCUAGUCACUGACGUGACCAAUGCGUCGCGGACUAUGUUCAUGAAUCUUGAAACCCUCCAGUAUGAUGAUCGCUUGUUGAAGUUCUUCGACAUCGACAGAACCAAGAUUCGCCUACCCGAAAUUCUUCCCUCGGCCGAUCCUGAAGGCUUCGGCACGGUAGCUGAGGGACCCCUCCAGGGUGUCCGCAUUACCAGUUGUCUGGGUGAUCAGGCCUCUGCGUUGGUAGGUCACUGUGCCUUCUCUCCAGGCAUGGCCAAGAACACCUACGGCACUGGAUGCUUCCUGCUCUACAACGUCGGCGACAAGCCUGUGAUCUCUAAACACGGCCUCUUGGGCACAGUGGGCUUCCAAUUAGGUCGUGAUCGCCCGGCGGUGUAUGCCUUGGAAGGCAGUGUAGCCGUUGCAGGCAGUGGUGUCUCCUUCCUCAUGAACAACAUGGGCUUCUUCCGCGACUCACGGAAGGUCAGUGAUUUGGCCGCCAGUGUACCAGAUAACGGAGGUUGUAUUUUCGUCACUGCCUUCAGUGGUCUAUUUGCGCCUUACUGGAUCGACGAUGCUCAGGGAACUAUUUGGGGAAUCACCGCACACACACAAAAAGGACACAUUGCCCGUGCCACCAUGGAAGCGGCCUGCUUCCAAACAAAAGCUAUUCUCGACGCCAUGGCAAUGGACAGUGGCAAGAGUCUGACAGAGUUGGCCGUGGACGGUGGCAUGAGUAACUCCGAUAUUUGCAUGCAGACACAAGCCGAUAUCAUCCAAAUCCCUGUCGAACGUCCCUCCAUGCACGAAACCACGGCCCUCGGUGCCGCCAUCGCUGCCGGUUUCGCCAUUGACAUCUGGAAGGAUUUCUCCGAACUCAAGCAUAUGAACCGCGCCAACCGAGCCUCGUUCUCCCCCUCGAUGACCCCCAAAGCCAGUGGCAAGAUGUAUAAAAAAUGGUCUAAAGCCGUUGAGAUGUCGCGCGGCUGGAUGGAGAACAAGGAGUCUGAAGACGAAGACGACGAAUAA